UUGUGUCAUGCCAUGACGUGGCAGGCUGUGGUGUGCCAUGGUGGGUCAUGCUCUGCCAUGCCGUGACAUGGUGGGUCGUGUUGUGUCAUGCCAUGACGUGGCAGGCUGUGGUGUGCCAUGGUGGGUCAUGCUCUGCCAUGCUGUGACAUGGUGGGUCGUGUUGUGUCAUGCCAUGGCGUGGCAGGCUGUGGUGUGCCAUGACGUGGCAGGCUGUGGUGUGCCAUGGUGGGUCAUGCUCUGCCAUGCCAUGACAUGGUGGGUCAUGUUGUGUCAUGUCAUGACGUGGCAGGCCAUGUUAUGUCAUGCCAGGCUGUUCUAUGCCAAGCGCUAUCUUCUCUGCAGGCACAUGACACAGGGCACGGACGUGUCGGGGCUCUUCACGGAGAUGGUAAAGGCCAGCGCGGUGGCUGAUGUGGUGCAGAAGAAGCUGGUGUACCUGUACAUGUGCACCUAUGCACCGCGGCAGCCCCACCUCACCCUGCUCGCCAUCAACACGCUCUGCAAGGACUGCUCCGACCCCAACCCCAUGGUCCGGGGGCUUGCCCUCCGCAGCAUGUGCAGUCUCAGGAUGCCUGGUAUACAGGAAUACAUCCAGCAGCCUAUCCUAAAUGGCUUGCGAGACAAAGCCUCCUAUGUGAGGAGAGUAGCUGUUCUUGGCUGUGCAAAGAUGCAGAAACUCCAAGGGGACUCUGAAGUGGAUGGUACAUUGGUGAAUGAGUUAUAUAGUCUGCUUCGUGACCAGGACCCUAUUGUAGUAGUGAAUUGUCUGAGGGCUUUAGAAGAGAUUUUGAAGAAGGAGGGAGGAGUUGUCAUCAACAAACCCAUCGCCCAUCAUCUCCUCAACAGAAUGGCUGACCUAGAUCAAUGGGGACAGAGUGAGGUGCUUGCCUUCCUUCUGCGUUACAGGCCCCGCAGUGAGGAGGAACUUUUUGACAUACUCAAUUUAUUAGAUGGAUAUCUCAAAAGCAGCAGUCCCAGUGUUGUGAUGGCAGCCACCAAGCUUUUCCUAGUGCUGGCCAAGGAGUACCCACAUGUGCAGGCAGAUGUUUUGGUGAGAGUGAAAGGACCGCUGCUGUCUGCCUGCACUUCUGAGAGCAGGGAACUCUGCUUCACGGCUCUGUGUCAUGUGCGUCAGAUCCUUGGUAGCCUUCCUGGCCAUUUUAGCAGCCAUUACAAGAAGUUCUUCUGCUCAUAUUCAGAGCCCCACUACAUCAAAUGCCAGAAGAUGGAGGUGUUGUGUGAGCUGGUGAAUGAUGAAAAUGUGCAACAAGUGCUGGAGGAGCUGAAGGGCUAUUGCACUGAUGUAUCAGUAGAGCUCGCCCAAGGGGCGAUCUUUGCCAUAGGCAAUAUUGCUAGGACAUACACAGAACAGUGUGUGGGGAUUCUACUUCAGUUAAGGGGGCGAUUGUCCUGGCUGCAUUCAUGGUCUCAUACGGAAGCUCCUUUCUGGUUGCCGUCUGUUGGGUCAGGAACGGUAGUACAGACUUUUCGGGACCUGGUUUGGCUAUGUCCCCAGUGUACAGAUGCAGUGUGUCAGGCACUGCCUGGCUGUGAGGAGACCAUCCAGGACAGCGAGGGCAAGCAAGCAUUGAUCUGGCUCUUGGGGGCACAUGGUGAAAAAGUACAAAACGCCCCCUAUGUUUUAGAGGACUUUGUGGAGAAUGUGAAAUCAGAGAUGUUUCCAGCAGUGAAGAUGGAGCUUCUGACAGCAUUGGUGCGACUGUUCCUGUCUCGUCCUGCUGAGUGUCAGGACAUGCUAGGGCGACUACUCUAUUAUUGCAUAGAGGAGGAGAUGGAUAUGGCAGUACGUGACCGUGGAUUGUUCUACUAUCGCCUCUUACAGUCUGGUGUGGAAGAAGUGAAACGGAUCCUAUGUAGCCCCAAGUCUGACCCCUCUCUGGGGGUCCUGGGAGACCCAGCUGAACGACCUGUGAAUACGUGGGCUUCAGAGUUUAAUACCCUUGCAUCCGUUUAUGGCAGAGCAUGCUGGGCCCUUGUCACUGCUCACCAGCCAGUGGAACCCUGUUAUGCUUGUUCUCCUUGUACUGACCCCAGGGACGGAAGGACAGAGUCACUGAUUUCUGAAGAGAAUAAAGAAGUCCUCCAGGUUCAUCCUGCUACAGGCAGCCUGACCUUAAUUCCUGAUGUGAAUCUGACUGCGGAACAAUUUGAGAAGACCUGGCUGAAUCUGGACGUUAGCUGCCAGCACUCUCUGCCCUGGCGUGGAAAGGCUCACUUGGAUACCAUACAGGCUGCUCUUCAUGUUGUCCACAUCCAGACUAUUGCUAUGAGCAAAGCUGGUGUCCAGCCAUGGAAAGCUUAUCUCAGUGCUCAGGAUGACACUGGUUGCCUCUUCCUAACAGAGCUAUUGCUUGAGACAGAGGAUUCAGAGAUGCAGGUUUCAGUGAAGCAGAGCGAGGCAAAGCCUGAGGCACUGAAAACCUUUAUUUCCCUUUUAAGGACUGUAAUGGGGACAGUUGUUGGUCUGAGAUCCUGAUUAAUCUCUGCUCCCAGGAGGAUGCUUACUCAGGGCACAGGAAAGGUUUCUUUCUGUGGCUUCAUUUGCCAUAAACUACUGCUGAUUUUGUACUUUUAAAGUGUAAGAGCCUUAUCAGCCCUCCUUCCCUAGCCAGUAGGGACAGAGUUAUACCUAGAAAUCAUGUAUGUGAGAGUCGCUAGAGCUGGUGUAGGUACUGCAUUGUGGUAACUGGUGAGCGAGGCAAGUUAAAUGAUCUUCCUCUGGGCUGGUGAAAGGACAAGAUAAUGCAUUUGUUAGCCUGCUGCUUCUACCAUGAGUCAUGGAUUUUAACAGUUGAGAGUGAAAGGAGCUCUGCUUUGCCAGAAUGUGGAUGGAUAGGAUACAUCAUGUUUAUUAGAACCGGUGUGUUUCUUUUUCAAGAGGAAGUGUAUUUUCCAGUUGAAAGGUAUUGCUGCAAGGAUAAAUCACCCUGUCUGAAAAGUCCCACCUCAGCCUUUCUGUGGCAAAGGCUACUGUAGGAAAAUGCAGGAAUGAGCAAGUUAUAUUUAAUGUUAUGUUUCUGUGAGUUAGUGUGGCUUGAGUUUUGUAACCUGUGUCCCUUUGACCAUAUCAGUAUGGUGUGAGUCCUCGGUACUUGCACCAGUAAUUGAAGAAUUGCUGUUUGGAUAAUUAAUUUGUAUGGUAUACUAACUUUUUACUUAAACCAAAUUUUACCAUUUGUUACUUUGUGACCGGAAAGGAUAUGUAAAGGUUUUGUUGCCUGUGCAGUACUUACUUCUGUGCAGUACUCUCCUUCUGUCCUUGUGAUACAGUAUAUGAGAUUGGUCCAGUACUAUAUGACUUAAUUUUUCCAGCUGUUGUUGCUGUCACUUGCAGGAUUGUUUGUAUCUCACUAUUAUUUUGUCCUAUGUUUGUUACUUGUUCCCGUCAGUUCCAUGUUGGGCGGCUGUCACUUCUGAGUACUGAUCGGUUGUAUUGGACACUCUUGUAUGGACUUGCUGGCCGUUUCAUUUCUGUAUUUCUCAUUUUUAUUUCUAUUUGUUUUUCUUUUCUGAAUUUUUCCUUGUUUGUUCUUGGUGCCUAAAUCUCUCCUCCACAGUUUCUUGAUGGAUGAGGCUUUUUCUGUAUUCUUUAUAUAUACAUUUCAUAUAAUUUAAGCAAAGCAAAAUAAACUAUCUCUCGCUAUCUCAGGGCCUCACUUCCUCUUUCCCAGAAUCUUUCCUCGUUUUAUUUGGUUUGUUUCUGUUUGGCAAGCUUCUGGGGGUGUUCUUUGUGAAUAAAGUAUCAUUGUAGCUGGACCGUUUUAAUUAGCAAAUGUAAUUGUGCCAAGAAUGUUACUGCCAAUGCUUGCAUGUUUCCUUUAUUCAAAUAAAAGAAUAAUUGGAAAAUGCUAUCCGGGAGGGAGGGACAGGACAUUUUUCACAUAUGGGUUCCUUAAUCUAUUCAGGUGCCUGGAUUCCUCAUACAGGGAAGAAUUAAAAAUUAUAUUCUUGCGAACCUCGGGACUUGUAUCACAAGGACAGCACUCUAUCUGUUCCAUUGAAAGUUAUGGAGAAUUGGACUUUGCAAUGUCAUGAAAACUUCCUUGCUACAGCCAUGAAAAUCCUCUCUGAUGGUGAAACUGUUGGUCUUGCCACUUCAGUAGCUUUUGGUCAGGGCCUAGAGAGAAACAGGGAAUGCUGCUCCUAAUCCAGUCUGCAGAUAAGAAGUCCAUUAACUGUUUACACAAUGGCAAAAACCUAAAGAGUGGCCCCUGGUUUAAGAUUAAAGUACAUUGGUUACUGUAACGGCUUUAUGGU